GUUACCGCGGGGGAUAUUCUACAUUUCAUCGAAGUCUUUGUUUGUACUGUCAGAAGAUGUUGCGUUUUUUUCUUUGCUUCACAAUCUUGAUGGGUCAGUCCGGUGACUUGCUGGCUCAUAAGGAACUUGACUGGUGGCAGACGAGUCUCAUAUAUCAAAUCUACCCAAUGUCGUACAAGGACUCUGACGGUGAUGGAUAUGGUGAUAUUAAUGGAAUCUAUGAAAAACUGGACUAUAUCCAAGACCUUGGAGUGGACGCAAUCUGGGUUCAACCUUUUUAUAAAUCACCCAUGAAGGAUAAUGGAUAUGACGUUGCAGAUUACACCGGCGUGAAUCCCUUACUGGGCACUUUAGACGACGUCAAAAAAUUAAUAAAUGCUACACAUGACAGAGGGAUGAAAUUUCUGAUGGACUUCGUCCCAAAUCAUUCGAGUGACGAGUGCGAGUGGUUCAAACUGUCGCUGAAACGGGUGGAUCCGUUUACUAAUUUCUACAUCUGGAAGGAUGGCGUCCCAAUAAACGCUACCCACACCACGUAUCCAAAUAACUGGGCUAGUCGAUUUACAGGAUCUGCAUGGACAUGGAGGGAGGAACGCAAACAGUAUUAUCUUCACCAGUUCGCAAAAAAUCAACCAGACUUGAACUUCCGGGAUCCGAAAACUAGACAAACUGUAGAGAGUGCUGUAAAAUUUUGGCUCGAUUUGGGAUGUGAUGGAUUCCGAUUGGACGCUCCGAAGCAUGUGUUCGAGGAUUCGCAGUUCAAAGAUGAGCCUCAAAUUCACGACUACCGCACCGUACCGAAUGAGUGGUUUGCUUUAGAUCACAUUUAUACGAUGGCGCUACCGGAAAGUUAUGGACUGGUCAGAGAUUGGGGCGCUCUUCUUAAUGAAUAUAAAAAGAGGGAUGGGCGAACCAGGAUUUUAAUGACUGAGGAUUAUGACAGCCCCGCAGUCUUGAUAAAAUACUUGGAGAACGCAACAUCUCCAGGGGCACAAAUUCCACUCUAUCUAACGAUGACUGAGAUGUCAUCCACAACGAACGCCUCAAGGUUGGACUGGUGGGUUCAUAGUAUGAGCGACGUUUUCCCGCAAGGCUACUUCAACUGGGCGCUCGACAACCACGACAAUCAUCGAGUGACCACGAGGUUCACCCCGGAGAGUGUGGACGCGAUGAAUAUGCUGACCCUUCUCUUACCCGGAGUCGCGACCAUGUAUUACGGCACAGAGAUCGGAAUGCCAGACAUCAAAGUUCGCCCUGACCAACGGCAGGAUAAACAACCAGGCGCCGGCGCCACCGGUGAUGACAACGAUUCCCGGGACGCCUCUAGGAAUCCGAUGAUAUGGGAUGACUCUGACAACGCCGGUUUCACAACAGCUAAAAAACCAUGGCUCCCAGUCACUCCAAGUUACUAUCAUAUCAACGUGAAAGCCCAGCAGCAAGACCCCCACAGUCAUCUCAACAUCUACAAGCGCCUCGUCAAAUUGAGGAAAACUCAUAUAAUCCAACACGGCGAUUUCGAAACAUUUGUACAUAGUGAAUGGGUUUACAUAUUUACUCGAUCUCUAGACACUGAGCAGAUUGCAGUGAUUUUGAAUCUCGGGUCAGAAAGUGAAGAAGUUUGCGCUAAAGGAUCAGCGUUCGCCCUCCCUGAUACAAUGUUCGUUCAUACCAGCAGUGUGAACUCUGGAUUCAGUUUUGGGAACAAAGUGAAGAUCUCUGCGGAGGAUGGAGCGCCUUGCCUGAAACUUAGACCAUACGCAGGAAUAGUCUUAACUACAAAUCAUAGCGUUGCGGUGUCUUGCUCUUUAUUUGUUCUCUUUCUAGCUUUUUGUUCAAAUCUCUUAUUGUAAAAUUUCCCUCUUUAACACCUGCGAUAAUUUAAGGUUUAUCUGUUCAGCUAUGCCCAGGGUUUGCGUAAUGAGGGCGGGUCAGACUUUCUCUGCUCAGUUUGACUGUAUUUCACAUUAAGGAUCUAUUAGUUUUUGUUCAUUUUAUAAACAACUUAGGUGGCUAUCAAUUUCUUUAUACAAAGGAUGCGUUUCGUAUAAAGCAACGUUUCCCCAAUCAAAAUGGAACAUCGAUGGUACUGUUGAGAGUUACCCAUUAAAAUUAAGAGAAUAGCGAGCUUUUACUUUUUGAUCACCAUGAAUCGCGAACUGAGUAUCAAAAGACACUUAUUCGAUUCUCUUUUCGCGAUCUAGGACGAUGAAACAGAAGUAGCGCCUCCAAAUUUUGAUGGACAACCCUUAACAGUCUCAUCCCUGUCCCAUUUUGAUCGGCUCAUUUUGCUUGAAUAGGUAUACUUCGAUGUAGGUUAGUUUGCAAUGACAUACAGUUGCCUUAUGCUGCCACAUACAAACCUUUUAAACAGUCUGUACCUUGAUAAAUUAAUUUCUAGUCAAA